GCCCGCCAGGGGGCUCCCGCGGGGCCGGCCCCGCGCAUGCGCACAGCAGCGGCCUACCGCUGGCGGCCCCCGGGAGCGGCGGCCGGGCUUCUGGCGGCAAUGGCGGCGGCGGCGGCGGAGGAGCGGGGCGGCGCCGGGCGCACCCGGGUAGGACUGUGCGUGCUGUGCGGGUUGCCGGCGGCCGGAAAGUCCACCCUGGCCCGCGCCCUGCGCCGCCGCCUGCCGCACCGCCCGGGCUGGGCCUGCGCCCUCCUCACCUACGACGAGCUCAUCCCGCCGGAGGCCUUCGACCCGCGCGAGCCGGGGGCGGAGCCGUCAUUGCCGGCCCGCUGGAAGCAGAGCCGGCGCGAGUUGCUGCAGUGCCUGGAGCGCUUCCUGCGGGCGCUGCUCACCGGGGACCCGCUGCCAGCUCCCGCCGCCGCCACCCAGCCGGCCUGGGAGCGCUUCCUGGCCUGCUGCCACGGGCAGGGGCUGCUUUCCUCGGCGGACAGUCAGGCCGGAGCUGGCCGAUACCGGACGCACGCAGCCACGUCUAGGCCGCUCUACGUGAUCUUGGAUGACAAUUUUUAUUAUCAGAGCAUGAGAUACGAGGUGUACCAGCUGGCUCGCAAAUAUUCCUUGAGCUUCUGCCAGAUAUUUUUAGAGUGUCCACUUGAAUGCUGCUUGCAGAGAAAUCAUCAAAGAAGUCAUCCGUUACCUGACCAGACAAUAUUGUUAAUGGCAAGAAAAAUAGAAAUGCCAGAUCUUAAGAAAAAUGCUUGGGAACAGAACAGCCUCAUUCUGAAAAGUUUUGAUUGUACUUCAGAGGAUAAUGAGCAGAUAAUCAGUUUGCUGACCACUGCUUUGGAAAACCCAGUGAAGCAAAACGAGGAAAACACUGAGCAAAAGGAAGCGGAUCGAGCAACCUGUGCAGCUAGUGCUGUCCAUCAGGCUGAUCAGACAUGCAGACGCAUCAUCUCUCAGACAAUGAAGGAUGCAAAAGAUAAAAACGUGCUCCCAAGUGAGAUGAAGAGCCUGGCUGAAGAACUCAACAAGCUCAAAGCCGAAUUUUUGGAAGACCUGCGGCAAGGAAAUAAUUUGAAAAAACAAAAUCAAUAUUUUGACCCUGCUACAAGUAUAAUUUCUUCAUUCCAACAUGAGGCAACUAAUAUAGUUAAUAAAUAUAUUUUAAAAUAA